GAGGGUGAGAUGUGCAUUGGUGCUGGGCAUCGGGAAUAAAACUUGUUGCCGAGAAGGACAUUUUGGAGACUUUGUUGACUGGAAGAGGGGUCUCUGGGAUUCCCACUCCUAGAUCUUUGUUGAAGAUUGGAAAAGAAUUGAAUUAGGGCCAUGGGGACACAGAAGGUCACAGCGCCUCUGAUCUUUGCCAUCUCCAUUGCUACAAUAGGCUCUUUCCAGUUUGGCUACAACACCGGAGUCAUCAAUGCUCCUGAGAUGAUCAUAAAGGACUUUCUCAAUUAUACCCUGGAGGGGAGGUUGGAAGACCCUCCCAGUGAGGUGUUACUCACUUCGCUCUGGUCCUUGUCUGUGGCUAUCUUCUCCGUUGGUGGUAUGAUUGGCUCCUUCUCCGUUGGACUCUUUGUCAACCGCUUUGGCAGGCGCAAUUCAAUGCUCAUUGUCAACCUCUUGGCUGUCGCUGGUGGCUGCCUUAUGGGGUUCUGCAAAAUAGCCGAGUCAGUUGAAAUGCUGAUCCUGGGCCGGUUGGUUAUUGGCCUCUUCUGCGGCCUCUGCACAGGUUUUGUGCCCAUGUACAUUGGAGAGGUCUCUCCCACUGACCUACGGGGGGCCUUUGGCACUCUCAACCAGCUGGGCAUCGUCAUCGGGAUCCUGGUGGCUCAGGUACUCUAGAACUCAUACUUAAUUCUUGUUAGUUUCUUGGCUCAGUAAAUAAGUUAACAACAUAGAUAAAGCUCUCAGGAAUAUCUGACGUAUGUUCAACUAUAUGUAAGUUUCAGGUAUUAUUAUUACUAUAGCGCACAGGUGGCUAAAGAAGCAGGCAGGGUAGGGCGCCUGGGUGGCUCAGUCGUU